AUGUCGUAUCCUAGUCAACCUAAUUAUGGUUAUUGCCCUCCUCCACAAUAUGAAGGAAAUCCAGGUUAUUGUCCGCCGCCACCUCCAACAAUUAUAACCUAUCACACGGUUGGUAAUUGUCCAAGCUGCCAUCAAGGCUUUUUAACAUCGCAGGUCAGUUGCUUGGGUAUUCUCUGUGCUAUUUUCCUGUUUCCCAUCGGCCUUAUUUGUUUGCUUAUACUUCAAGAACAAAGGUGUUCAUUAUGUGGAUAUACAGUAUAA